AUGUCCAACGCAGAAACAAGUAAACUUUACGAAACCAUCAUUGAAGAUGUAAUCAACGACUCAAGGCAGGAUUUUGAAGAUAGUGGUAUCGAUGAAUCCACUCUUCAGGAAUUAAGACGAAUCUGGUGUGAAAAAUUAAGUCAAUCCAGUGUAGCAAAAUUCUCCUGGGAUGAAGAUGAUGAGGAAGUUGACAACAACAACAUCGUACAAGCAGAGCAAGAUAUAUCUACAGGUGCCGAUAGCAACAUAAAUAGUACUUCGGAUCUCGUACCCCAAACCACUCCCGGGAUAUCUGAUACUGUGGACACCAAUGGAACUGGGUUGGAAUUACCCGAGGUUCAAUUGUCAUAUAAUACCACAACAAGUGCCGCACCAGCAGGGAGUAUUGGUAUUGAAUUACCGGUGAUAACGAAGAAAGAAAACGAUAAUGAUACGGGGUUGAUGCUUCCUAAUAUCAAUCAAGCAGAUGGGACAUUUGAAUUCACAAUGUAUACCGAAGGCAAUAAUGGACGCAAGUUUUUCGAUUCGCUAAAGAACAAAACCAAAAAGACAAUCAAGCAAGUAGAUGGAGCCAUGGGUGAUGAUGAUGAUGACGACGACGAUGGUGAUGAUGGGGAUAUGUUUAAUGAUUCCGACGAUGUGAAUUCUGAUUUGGAUGAUGAUUUGGAAAGUGAUAGGUCAGAUGAUGAGGAUGGGGACCAAGAAGGACAGAUUAUGUUGUGUCUUUACGAUAAGGUGCAACGUAUCAAGAAUAAAUGGAAAUCGAAUUUGAAGGAAGGGAUUGCCAAUAUUGAUGGAAAAGAUUACGUGUUUCAGAAAGCCACCGGUGAAAGUGAAUGGUAG